AUGAAUCAGGAUAUAUUAAAUAUUACUAUUACAGAACCGAUCAGUGACAAUGUUUGUCUAUCAGCAAUUGACAUUGUUAAUGACGAAGGAAAUUUUUCACUUAAUGAUUUGGCAUCUGAAUAUUUAGCAGAUAAUGGCAAUGAAAAGCAAGCGUUUAAUUUUGUUACCUCGCCGAUUGUUUCUAUUGAAAUAAAACAACUGAAAGAAACAGAAUUAACAACAAUGUUAAACCUAAGUGAUUUGGAAAACGAUUAUGUUGAUAAUGAAAAUGAUACAAAAUUUGGAACAGCGCUCCUCGCAUCACCCUCAUGUAUGCUCACGAUUACGGAGAAGAGCAAUCGACAACAAAUAACAACGAACAGUACUGAUAAUACAGUAAAAGUAACAACCAAUUUACAAAAGAUCGAUGAUAAAAAAGUAUCUCUUGAAGACAUAUUGUUUUCAGUAAGAUUAGUGUCGAAUGAUGCAGUCGACAAUUGUAAAACAUGGACACAACCAAGUGUAUUUGGUCAAGUUUUAUGUGCACUUGAAAAAACAGAGAAAACAAUUGUAAAUUCAAUUAAACAAGACUCUAAUACAUUUUUCAAUCAUGAUUUGUAUGAAAAAUUAUUUUAUUUAAUUCAUGUAUUAUCAAAACAUGGAAUGAGAAGAUACCAGACACAAAAUAAAUCGGUACGAAAUAAUGAUAAUAAACUAUUAUUUCGACAAUAUUUUCAACCACAAAAGCAACAACAUUCAACCAUCAUCUAUAAAUAA